UACCAAAUACUAAAGGAUAGAUCUAUGUCGGUGCAUCUCAACAUUGCCCAAAUCCUUGACCAAAGCUUCUUGAAAGUUCAAUCCCCACCCACCCAUUAAUCUCAUCAUCUCAACACUCAAAUCCCAGAAAUUAAAACCCAAAAAGUUGAGAUCUUUACCAUCAUCACCAUGGAUAUUGCCCCUGAAGAGCUUCAGUUUCUCACAGUUUCAGACAUCUUGAAAGAAUCAACCUCAAUACCCAAGCUAUCUCCAAGAACUUUUUAUCUCAUAACCUUGACUCUGAUCUUCCCUCUGUCAUUUGCAAUCUUAGCUCACUCACUUUUUACACACCCCCUUUUGUCUCAAAUUCAAGACCCUUAUGGAUCUCACUCUUCCGAGUGGACAAAGCUUCUUGUUUUCCAGUUCUUUUACCUUAUUUUUCUCUUUGCUUUCUCUCUUUUAUCCACUGCUGCUGUUGUCUUCACGGUGGCUUCUUUGUACACAUCAAAGCCUGUGUCUUUCUCUAAUACUUUGUCUGCGAUUCCUGGUGUGUUCAAGAGACUGUUUAUUACUUAUCUGUGGGUUUCUUUGACUAUGGUGGUUUAUAAUGUGAUUUUCUUGUGUUUUCUUGUGCUUUUGAUUGUGGCAAUUGAUACCCAGAAUCCAGUUCUGUUCGUUUUUUCUGUGAUUGUUGUUUUUGUGUUGUUUCUUGUGGUUCAUGUUUAUAUUACUGCGUUGUGGCAUUUGGCUAGUGUUGUUUCUGUGCUUGAGCCUAUUUACGGGUUUGCGGCAAUGAAGAAGAGUUAUGAGUUGUUGAAGGGGAAGAUUGGCUUGGCAUUCUUUAUGGUUUUUGGGUAUUUGGUGGUCUGUGCUGCGAUCAAUGGAGUGUUUGGAUCAGUGGUUGUUCAUGGUUGGGAAUACGGGGUUUUUACAAGAGUUGUUGUUGGCGGGUUUUUGGUUGGUGUGCUUGUGAUUGUGAACUUGGUUGGUUUGUUGGUGCAAAGCGUGUUUUACUAUGUCUGCAAGAGUUAUCAUCAUGAAGGGAUUGAUAAGACAGCUUUACAUGAUCAUCUUGGUGGGUAUCUAGGGGAAUAUGUGCCUCUCAAGAGCAACAUUCAGAUGGAGAACUUGGAUGUUUAGUAUCACGGUUAGAGUGGCUACAUGUACCUUCUUUUCUUUUUCUUUUGUAUGAAUUAUAAUAGAAGUUAAUGAUAUGUAAAUUGGAAACAAAUUUACUGGUGGUCUUUUGCACA